GGCGACGCCCGCGGUCGACGGCCUCGCUGCCCGGUUGGCCGCCGAGCACGGCGCGGCCGCCCGGGCCCGCCACGUCGUCGCCCAGCUGCUUGGGGCGCCCGCGCCUUCGACGAGGCCCCUGGCAGAGGCCGAGUUCGCGGCGGCGCUGGCCGGCCUGGGCGGCGAGGGCCGCGCGCGCGGGCUCUUCGCCGAGCUGGCCGGCGGCAGCCCCCCGGCGUGCAGCGUGGCCGCGCUCGUGGAGGCGCUCGAGCAGCGCUGGCUGGGCCCGCGCCCUGGAGGCCCGGGGGGCGCGGGCCCCCGACCUUGCGCCACGCCCUGGCCACGGCGCAGUCCACCCGCACAGCGAGGGCGGGCGACCUUCCCAGGGGUGCCCCGCACAUCCGUGCCCCCUCGGCCCAUCCCUGGCGGCGUUCGCUGGCCAGCCUCGGUC